GAGGCGGCGCGUAGCCCCCACCCUCCCCCGUCACGUGCCGGGAGCGCGCACAGGGUGCACGAUGGUGGCGGCGGGGCCCGGUGACGGCGGCGGCGGCAGCAGCAGCAGCGGGUAGAAAAUGGCGGAUUUCGAGGAACUGCGGAAUAUGGUAUCAAGUUUUCGUGUUUCUGAACUACAAGUGUUGUUGGGGUUUGCUGGCCGUAAUAAAAGCGGGCGGAAACAUGACCUCCUGAUGAGGGCACUGCACUUACUGAAGAGUGGCUGCAGCCCAGCAGUUCAGAUAAAAAUUCGAGAACUCUAUAGGCAUCGGUACCCAAGGACAAUUGAAGGACUUUCGGAUUUAUCAGCUAUAAAACCUGCAGUUUUCAAUUUGGACAUUAGGUCCUCUCCUGUCGAGCCUGACCUGGCUGUUGCCAGCAUUCACCCACUCCCUUCCACUUCAGUCACCCCUCAGUCUCCUUCCUCACCCGUCAGUUCUGUGCUCCUCCAAGACACUAAGUCCCACUUUGAGAUGCAGCAGCCGUCCCCUCCAAUUCCACCUGUUCAUCCUGAUGUUCAGCUGAAAAGCCUCCCUUUUUACGAUGUGCUUGACGUGCUUAUAAAACCUACAAGUCUAGUACAGAGCAGUAUUCAGAGGUUCCAAGAGAAGUUUUUUAUCUUUGCUUUAACACCUCAGCAGGUCAGAGAAAUCUGUAUUUCCAGAGACUUCUUCCCUGGGGGCGGGAGAGAUUACACAGUCCAAGUUCAGCUAAGGUUAUGCCUAGCAGAGACAAGCUGCCCUCAAGAAGAUAAUUACCCUAAUAGUUUGUGUAUUAAAGUAAAUGGAAAGCUGUUUCCAUUGCCGGGAUACGCUCCACCACCAAAAAACGGAAUUGAACAGAAGCGACCUGGGCGCCCCUUGAAUAUAACAUCUCUAGUUAGGUUGUCGUCAGCAGUGCCAAACCAGAUUACCAUUUCCUGGGCUUCUGAAAUUGGAAAGAAUUACUCCAUGUCUGUGUAUCUCGUUCGUCAGCUCACUUCAGCUAUGCUUUUGCAGAGGUUAAAAAUGAAAGGUAUCAGAAACCCCGAUCAUUCCAGAGCACUAAUUAAAGAAAAAUUAACUGCAGAUCCUGAUAGUGAGAUUGCCACAACCAGUCUGCGGGUUUCUCUGAUGUGUCCUCUGGGAAAAAUGAGACUGACAAUCCCAUGCCGGGCUGUGACUUGCACACACCUGCAAUGUUUUGAUGCUGCUCUUUAUCUUCAAAUGAAUGAAAAGAAGCCUACGUGGAUCUGCCCUGUCUGUGACAAAAAGGCAGCUUACGAGAGCCUAAUAUUAGAUGGGCUUUUUAUGGAAAUCCUUAACGAAUGUUCAGAUGUGGAUGAGAUCAAAUUCCAAGAAGAUGGUUCCUGGUGCCCCAUGAGGCCAAAGAAAGAAGCUGUGAAAGUCUCAAGUCCACAGUGCACCAAAAUAGAAAGUUCCAGUGUUGUUAGCAAACCCUGUUCUGUGAUGGUGACCAAUGAGGUAAACAAGAAGAAAGUUGACAUUAUUGACUUGACUAUAGAAAGCUCUUCUGAUGAAGAGGAAGAUCCUCCUGCCAAAAGGAAGAGCAUAUUUAUGUCUGAAACACAAGGAAGCCCAACCAAAGGGGUUCUCAUGUAUCAGCCAUCCACUGUCAGAGUGCCCAGCGUGACAACAGUUGAUGCUGCUGCUAUUCCUCCUUCAUUAACAGACUACCCAGUACCAUUCCAUCACCCACCAAUAUCCAGUAUUUCAUCAGACUUGUCAGGUCUGGAUUUUCUUUCGCUAAUCCCAGUUGAUUCACAGUUUGCAGUUAGACCCAGCCACAGACCAGGAAAACCCAUUUUCCCAACAAGAGGUGGUGAUGAAGAUGCAUUAAGGGAGGAUUCAGUUUAGCCUCACUAUGAUAAAUCCAGGCAUGGACAUUUGCUCUUUAUUGAUGCUUUUUACCUUUCCGAAGUGAAUACUUGCACAGCACUAACUUGAAUACACCCUUCGUGUAUUUAACACUCUUAGUUCUUAAUGUGUAUCUGUAGGCCAGGUUAAGCUCUGUAAUAUUUCACUGAUUGCUGUUGGUUUUGAUAUUAGUAGGAGAUUAAGUUCUAAAGAAAAUACCUUCAUUAAUUUGAUGGGCGCAUGGCUGAACACUUUUAUAAUAAAUCCUGUGUAACACCUAAACCCCAUUGGCUUUGGAUUAUAUGGAAAUUUUGUAGGUCCAAAGUAACUAGGUGGUAUUUUUGCCUUCUCUGGAAACUUAAACUUUACAGAAUUAGGGAGAAUGAUUCUUACAGUAACUAGAUUCUUACACGUACAAGAUUACAGCCUUGAAAUGUGGGGUAAUAUUGGCUCCUUAAUUAAGACAAGAGGAUCUGAAGUAGACCCUCUGUUUUGUCUCUCUGUCACUAGAAGACAACAGUAAUAGGACUUGACUUUCUGGUGCCUUAAAAACAGAGGAUGAACUUCCUCCUUUUCUUUCCACUUAUUGCAUCUUGCAAUACUCUGUGCCUGACCUUGAGAUCUGAACUGCCAAAAGUGGGAAUAACAGAAGUUUGUUGAUGUGGGAGGCUGGAAGCAGGUAUGCUGCUGCGAAAUGUCCACUUUGGACAGUUCAAACAGUUCAGGCUCAGUUCCAAACAUAAGCCCAAGCUUGGAAUCCACAGGGUAAGAGAAAGUCAAGUGUGUUGAACAACAUGUGUGUGUGCAUGCAUGGGGGUGUCUUAGAUCAUCCUCUUUGACACCUGGCAACCUUGUUCUGUUUCUAAAUGUGUAAAAUGUUGAGCUCUGCUUUGAGAAGGCUUGUCUUCCACUUCAGGAAAUGUAAAUCAACUGAGUAACUUUCCCUAAUCAGACUUGAUCAGGUCUCGUUUAUCAUUGCUAAAAUGUUUAGAGACCUGCACGUAUAAUUGUGGGUGUAUACUAUGAAAAUGUUGAUUACUACAGUGCUUCUGUUUGAGGGGAUGAAAUUAUUUUAACCUCUGUUGUGGUAGCAGAAUGCUUUUUGCUGCUUUUCAUGACAAAAGGAGCCUGAAAUAUGCAGUUGUGCCUGUGGGUAGCAAACAUUCUCCAAAUACUAUGGGUGUUUGUGUGGUGUUUUGUUUUUUUUGAUUUGUUUUGGGGUUUUUUUUUGUGGUGGUGUGUUGUGUAGUAUGUGCUGUGUUUUUGGUGUGUUUUUUUUUUUUUUUGGUCAUUAGAGUGUUUCUUAAUGUGCUAGUAAAUGCUCAAGCUAACCAGUUCAUAAGAAAAAAUUAAAAAAGAGGGGAGGAUGAGAGAGAAGGGCUUGUGGCUACCACCUCUGCUUGUCUCUUGCUGGUUUGCAGAACUCCAGUUCUUGCUGUGCAUGUGUUAACGAGGUUCUGUUAGUUAACGUGUUUCACACUUGUCGUAGGGAAGAUGUAUCUUCAGAGCAUACAUUUCCCUUGUGCAGUUAGUCUCUUCAUUCUUCAUUGUUUGUUUCAAGCAGUACUGUCCUCCUAUGUUUUUGGAUAGUCUCACCUCAACCUUAACAAGCAGCACACCUGGCAGCAUUGUCACCUCAACCAGUCAUCACGAGAGCAACAUGCACGUUAGCUCCUCUGGCAGGAGCGAGCCUGGGGUGAUCACCAGCUGUGGCAGCAGUGCUCCCGACAUCAUCUCACUGGACUGAAACACGGGGCAGCUUUUUAGGGACUCCAAGAGAAAUUGCACAGAGCCGCUGCUCCCAUCUCUGAAACAUGGGCAUCUCAGAAGUUGUUCUGAUAUUUAUUGAGAGGAUUUACCUUCUGGAAAAUGGAGUAAAUUCAUCUAUGUUAGGAACAGAAGUUAUAGAUUGUUUUGUUAUUGGUUUUGUUGUUUUUUACUCAUUAAAUAUCUGGUAUAGAAAAGGCCCCUUCAGAAUGUGCUUUUAUGCUUUUGGCUUGUUCAGGGGAAACUAACUUUUUGUUGCUGGGUGGAUUCCACAAAUGGUUUUCAAUUUUGUUGUAAAACACAGCAACAAUGUGAAAACAAACUUUUUUUUUUUUUUUUAAAAAAAAAGGCACUUAACCACUCUAGAACACCAAAGUGUAUGCAUUGGUGAAAUUUUACUAUUUUCACUGGGGCCUGUAAUAAACUUCAGACAAUGAAGCUUUGUGAAA